UGGUGAAUGCCAGUGGAGCAGACCAGCAAAACCAAACAAGUCCCUUAGUUUGCCGCAACACACUUCAAAUGUCUCCCUUCUCCCCUCAGAUCUGCGGUUACGUCAUCUUUGCAGUUGGCAUCUACCUGAAGAUGACCAAAGAUGGAAAUCAGUUGACGAACUUUGCUCAUGCUGGCGUGGACCUGAUGAUCGCCAUCGGCACGAUCAUCAUGGUCCUGGGCUUCCUGGGCUGCUACGGUGCCUACAGGGAGAGCUCCUGCAUGCUGCUGAUAUUCUUCAUCCUCCUCCUUCUCACCUUCAUCCUCCUCCUUCUCAUCUUCAUCCUCCGCCUGGCAGCAGGAAUUCUGGGAGCUUUAAGCGAGAAGACGGUGAAUGACUGGGUGAAGAAGCGUCUGCAGGACUUUACUCCUCUGACCAAACAGCCGGAAUCGGUGAAGCAGGACCUGGAGGCGCUGCAGGCCAAGCUGAAGUGCUGUGGAAUCAUCAACGGACCCGGCGACUGGGAGAAACCUCCUCCUUCCUGCUACUGCAGGGGCACCGACACCACCGACUGCAAAAGCGGCAUCCAGAAUACGCCCUGCUCCACUAAAAUCAUCGACCUGAUGCAGCAGAACAUGCAGGUGGUGCUUGGGAUCUCCUUCGCCAUCGCCCCCAUCCUGAUCUUCGGCAUGAUCUUCUCCAUGAUGAUCUACUGUCAAAUCCCAAACAGACCUCAGCAAGCGGCGAUCAACGGCACGGGGAGCAGCAUCCAGUCCAGCAAGCUAACCACCAAACUUCGGCGGACGAGGGCCCACUGUUCGGCAAGCAGCGACUACCUAGCCCGGAAAGCCCUCCUAACCCGGACCGCUAUUCCCG